AUGCUGGGCUGUGGUACCAUCUCGGCGGCAGCCUGCGGACUGGCCACCGCUGGAGCGAGGGCACUCCAGGCCGCUCCAGCCUGCCCCAUCAAGGACGGCCUCUUCCAGCCAGCGGGCAGGGUACAAUAUCCAAUGCGGGGCCUUUUGUCGGGCCUAGCGGGUGGUGCUCCAAUCCCACACCUCACCAUUGGCGACGCCCCUCGUCCACUGCCUCCCGUUACUGAUGAUGGAAAAAUACAAACAUUUCUACACUUACCCGCUAAUCAAUAUCCAUUCUCUGGUCACUAA